AAUCUUGAAUCUAGAUUUACAAAGCGUGAGAAUGUAUAACUUCAUUCAUUGGGCGUUGUAGUGUUGCGUGCGCAGUUCUUUGCGUCACUCCCGGGAACGCUUGCGACUGCGAGAAAAAGAAGCGCGAGAUAAGAACUUGAGCGCGGAGACAGCAAUGUUAUCCUUUUGUGGCGCUUUCCUAUCUAAGUGAUUUUGUUGCAUUUGCAGUCAUUUCUUUGCACGGCAAUGCAAUAAACAUUACGAAACUGCAUGUUGGAUGUGAUACUUGGCAUUCGAUCGCUAUUUUGUGGUAUUUGGACUGGGAAAAACAGCGGGGAAAUGUCUUGGUGGUCGCGCGGUGACGAUGGCGAAGAAGGGAUGUGUCAGGACACGGAUUCAGACGUGGCUGAGUCCAGAGACUAUGGGAAAUUCAAGGUGAAAUGGACCCAGGAAGAGGAUGACAACCUACGAACUUUGGUGCAGAAGUUGGGACCAAAUGAUUGGAAACGCGUUGCCAGUUAUUUACCGAAUCGCUCCGAGCCCCAGUGCCAACACCGCUGGUUUAAAGUUCUUGACCCUGAUCUGGUGAAAGGUCCCUGGACAAAAGAGGAAGAUGAGAAGGUUAUUGCACUGGUGAAGAAGUAUGGCAACAAACAGUGGGCCAUGGUGGCCAAGCACCUGAAGGGCCGCCUGGGCAAACAGUGUCGGGAGCGUUGGCACAACCAUCUGAACCCGGACGUGAAGAAGUCUUCCUGGACGUCCGAGGAGGACCUCAUCAUCUACAAGGCUCACUGCGUGCUGGGGAACCGCUGGGCUGAGAUCGCCAAACUGCUCCCUGGAAGGACGGACAAUGCUGUGAAGAACCAUUGGAACUCCACGAUUAAGCGCAAGGUGGAUUUGGGCUUCUAUGUUGGUGUGGAGCCCACAUUGAAAGUUGCUCACCAUCCUAAGCAGGAGGACAUCAUUGCUCAUCACUGCAGCGACCAGGCGGUGGAGCUGUCCUUUGACGAUAUGGAUAUUGUCAAGAUGGAGGGCGUGCCUCAGGAUGUGUCUUGUCCAGCAAUUGAAGUAACAUCUCCCAAGCCAGAGUCGUCGUCGCCAUCACCACCGUGUCGAAGAGGAGUGCAGACCCCCAAGAGGGAGUUGGACAGCGGCGGGGAGUCGAGCACUUGCUCCUGGGUGGUGGACAGCUCUGGCUUCCUAUCGCCAUCCUCUGGGCCUGCUCUGAAGGAGGUCAUGGAGAUGAUGGAGGGGGACAUGGAGAGCUGGUGUAACCUCUCAGACGUAACGUUUGACCUCCCGGAGGAGGAGAGCCAGAGCCCCACCACCCCCACGCCCCCCACCACAAACCCCACCUCAACCUCCGGCUCCGGCUCCAGUCAGGGCCCCGAGCGGCUGCUGUUCCGGCUGGAGGGCAACGCCCUGCAGGAGCUGAGCAAAGGCAGCCGUGCUGGAGAGCUGAUCCCCAUCUCCCCCCGGGCGGGGGGCACGCCACCCUCCAUCCUAGCACGCCACAACCGCCGCCGCGUGGCCGGCUCCCCGGACGCCAACGACUCCAUGACGCCCAAGAGCACCCCCGUCAAGAUCCUCCCCUUCUCGCCCUCGCAGUUCUUAAACAUGUGGACCAAACAGGACACGUAUGAGCUGGAGAACCCCUCUCUGACCUCCACCCCUGUGUGCACCCAGAAAGCCAUAGUCACCACACCCCUGCACCGAGACAAGACUCCACUCAUCCAGAAGGAGAACUCUGUAUUCAUUACUCCAAAUCACAAAUCAUCCGAUUUGGAUGCCCAGCCACGCACUCCAACUCCCUUUAAAAACGCCAUGGAGAAAUACGGCCCCCUGCGCCCGCUGCCUGCUACACCGAAUCUUGAGGAGGAUCUGAAGGAGGUACUUCGUAACGAGGCGGGAAUUGAACUGAUGUUAGAAGACACUCCUCCCCCGGAACAGCGACGUAAACAAUCACAACGACCUCCAGUGAAGAAAGUGCGGAAGUCACUAGCACUGGACGUGAUUGACUGCAAUGAGUCAAGACUCCUGCCUGGCAAGGUCAUGCCGAAACUGAGCCCUAAGGCUGAGACGUCCCUCUCUUCGUCCUUCAACUCCUCCUCGUUUUCCUGUAUAAAAGAGGAGAACGUUCUGGACCAAGGCUUCAUCCUCGGCCCGUGUGAAAGUGGAUCAGGAUCACAGUGCGAACCUCUACCAAUGUCACAGGAAUGGGAAGAAGUUGUGUGCGGCCGGACCAAAGACCAGCUCCUCCUGACUCAGAAAGCCAGGCGGUUUAUGCGCUCCUUAAAAUCUCACCCAACCAACCGUGCACUCAUCCUGUCCUGAGACGAGGGUCACUGCCUUGUGUCAUGUCUCCUCUUGUCUCGCCCCAUUCUGUGCUUUUAUUUUUUGCUCUUCCGCAAAUGUUUCGCUAUUGUGUAAAAAGUAAUCGGAAUGUGAUUUGUUAGAUGAAUCAGUUUUUCAUGGGCAUGGAUGGAUAAGUGGUACUGUAUGUGAUCUUGGCUUCUCUGUUGUCAGCAGUCCAAAUUUGAUGUUUUGACUUUUUGCCCCCAUCAACAACAGUGUGACCAUGUUGAUUACAUCUCCAGUGUGUGUUAAACAUGUCUUCAUCUGUGGCCAUUAUAGAAAUACACAGUUCAGGUCAAAAUCAAUCCAUCUGCUGCAUCUAAUCUUGCAGUUUUAUUUCGUAUGAUUUUGGUGACCCUACCAAACCUGAAAUAACCGCCUCCCAGCAAUAAACUAUGGUGUUUGGUCUACUUGGGAGAUUGGGAGUUUUAAAACCAUUACAAAUCAAUGGAAAUGAGAAGCUUUGGCAAGAGUUAAAGUGUUUACAUAGACUGUAUUCUGAAAGCAAUAGAAUCAACAAUAGGACUGAGGUCUUUCAGUGAACCCAUUUAUGGAUAAUUUUGUAUAGAGCAUGUAAUUGAAUAGGACCAGAAGCACAAACAGACCUGUAUUUUUCUAUGUUAAGAUCAGGUUGAUUGUUCAGAAUAUUGUUAGUGACAUGUCUUAUUAAAAAAAGGAGAAAUGUUACAGCGUCAACUGUACACUUAAUUUAAAUGUAGGUCUAGAAGUAAUUAUUGAUCUCAAUUUUUGUAAGUUGUUUGUAUGCAAACAUUAAAUAAAUGCAAUUCAGAAAAUAUA